AUGCCAACAAAAGAAAAAAGAAAACAAAAAAAAUUAAGAGAAGAUAGGAAAAAAGUAGUAGCAGAAGUAUUAAAUAGAAGAUUUUGUGAAUUGCAAACAGAAAAAAACAGAUUACAAGAAGCAAAUAAUAUUAUAUUAGCAGAGAGAAAUAUUUUGAUUGAAAGAAUAGAUAGUAGAAUUAGUAGACAAAUGUUAAGAGAAAUGUAUAUAGAAGAGGAUACAACUGAAGAAGAAAUGAAAGAAAUAAAGGAAGAGGAAGAAGAAGAAAUAAUAGAAGAAGAAGAAGAAAUGAAAGAAAAAGAAGUGGAUUGGUAG